GGGGUUUCCCGGCGCUGUCCGCAGGGUUACCGCGCCCAUCUCUGCUCGAUGGCUGAAGGGAUCUGAGAGGGACGGCGGAUUGUGCGCGGUGUGUUUGCUCUUCGGCUCAGGGAAGGGCCACAAAGCGGAGUGUCACGUACCUCAGACGGACGCCGAGUCGCACCGAAGAGGGACAAAGCAAGCAGUGAAGGGUCGCGUCGAACCGCCGCUUUCCCGUCACCGCCCUGCACGUCUCCUCCUGCUCCCCUCAAACUCCCCGUCCCCCUCCUGGCCGCCCUUAACCUCCCUCACGUCCCCUUAGAUCUUUACUAACCCGCGGGCCUGUGGGGUGAAGCGGGAUUUCGGAAGAACCCCUAUUUUGUCGAACAGCAGCCCCCGGGCCGGACUGAGCACGAAGGCGACAAAAAGGGCCGAGGAGGACUUGUGUGAGCGGGGCGGGAACCGGACAUAUAUCGGGGGGGCAGCCGUGGAUGGUCACAGCAGGAUUGUGUUGGUGGUGACAGAUAAGCUCCAUUAGAGUGAAGAAAAAUGAGUGAACUCGAUCAGCUACGUCAGGAGGCUGAGCAACUCAAGAACCAAAUCAGAGAUGCUAGGAAAGCCUGUGCGGAUGCCACGUUGGCUCAGAUCACAGCCAAUAUUGAUCCGGUGGGUCGGAUUCAGAUGCGCACUAGACGUACACUUCGGGGGCACCUGGCUAAAAUCUACGCUAUGCACUGGGGCACGGACUCCAGGCUGCUAGUUAGUGCCUCCCAGGAUGGCAAACUUAUCAUCUGGGACAGCUACACCACAAACAAGGUUCAUGCUAUCCCGUUGCGUUCAUCUUGGGUGAUGACAUGUGCUUAUGCCCCCUCUGGAAACUACGUUGCCUGUGGUGGUCUUGAUAACAUUUGUUCCAUUUACAACCUGAAAACACGUGAAGGAAAUGUGAGAGUGAGCCGUGAGCUGGCGGGGCACACAGGCUAUCUGUCCUGUUGCCGUUUUCUGGAUGAUAACCAAAUAAUCACAAGCUCUGGAGAUACCACUUGCGCUCUGUGGGACAUUGAAACUGGCCAGCAAACUACUACCUUCACUGGACAUACUGGUGAUGUAAUGAGCCUGUCGCUCGCCCCGGACUCCAAGUGCUUCGUGUCCGGAGCCUGUGAUGCAUCCGCCAAACUUUGGGACAUCCGAGAAGGAAUGUGUCGACAGACGUUCACGGGACACGAGUCUGACAUUAAUGCCAUCUGCUUCUUCCCCAAUGGCAAUGCUUUUGCCACUGGCUCAGAUGAUGCCACUUGUAGGCUGUUUGACCUUCGUGCUGACCAGGAGCUGAUGGUUUAUUCCCACGAUAAUAUCAUCUGUGGAAUCACUUCAGUAGCAUUCUCCAAGAGUGGACGCCUCCUCUUAGCUGGAUACGAUGACUUCAAUUGCAACGUCUGGGACACGCUCAAGGCUGACAGAGCAGGCGUUCUUGCCGGUCACGAUAAUCGCGUAAGUUGCUUGGGAGUAACAGACGAUGGUAUGGCAGUGGCAACAGGGUCAUGGGACAGCUUCCUCAAGAUCUGGAACUAAAGUCUACACCCAGCGGAUUUCUCCGUGACUGGAAGACCAUUCCAACCUUCGAAAUUUUAAAUCAUAGCAUAUCCAAUCCAACCGUACUAACGUUGACACCCAUUCUCCCUACUCCCAUACAUCGAAGGGCAGAACCCUAUCCCCUCAUUUUGCUGAAACCAAGAGCACAAUUAUUUGCUAUAGGAUUUUUUUUUAUUUUUUGUUUGGUUCUGAAACAGAAAAGUUGUGCAUUCCUUUUGGGACCAUUUUUAUAUAUAUUUUCUCCCCCUUCAUCCAUGCCCCCCCUUCUUCCAUUUGUCUUGAAUAAUGAUACAAAACACUAUACACAGUAAGACUUAACCAAGAUGUAGCUAUCAGACAAAAAAAGUUCAGGAUUGUCAUUCUGAAGGUUCUAGAACAGUGAGUGUGGUCUUGCUUUUUGUAGAGUCGGAUGUUUGCAGUUACUGGGAAACUGCGGAUGUAACAGGGGUAUAAAAUAACUGUUCACUCUUUUUCUUUCCAUUAUGGGCCAUUAAGUGAAAGCGGAGAGUUGCAGACCUGUGUGUCGGGCCUCUUGUUUUAACCCUUAUAGUGUGUUUUGUGAAUACCAUUGCACAGGAACACAGCCAGUGUAUCUUAGGCUCAUACUAACCGUCCACUUAAGGAAUAUAGAAUCCUCCAGGUAGGAUUCCCCAUCGGCUGAGUUACUUUGCCAGCUUGAGAACGCUUAGUAACCCAAUGCCUGGGGUGCCUACUCAGAUGGUGGGGCACUGAAAAAUCCAGCGGUCCUAGUUGGUGUAAUGCCGCAGGUAGAUCUGUGGCAUACGGCAAGGACACAAUCCUGCGUAGAUAUUUCCGUAUCUGGUGCCAGGGAACGGUUUCCUCUUCUGUAUGCAUUCUCGCCACGCCACGUUCUCCUACGCCAUAGUCCAGCCUGAGUUCCUGAGCGAUAAUAGAGAACGGUGAUGUUCAGCUUCUGCUGACAUGAUUUAUAGAUUCUCUGUACUAGACUUACUACAGAAGACACCGGUGCGAAUCAGGGCGUGCUUCGCUUGUGAGGCGCUCCCGGCGCAGACCGUUGCAUUUAGAAAAGGAAUAAAGUUAGUCCCGUUGGUCCAAAAUGCUGUUGCUGGUUUUGUUGUCACGAAGAAAGUAAAAUAAGGGCAGUUAUCGAGGUAGCUUUUUUUUUAUUUUUUAUGAUUGUUCUAGUUCUGUUGACCUUCACUUUCCAACACAUGUCAAAUCUUUAUUCAUAGAAGCAUUCAACUCGAGUUCCCCUAAACGCGUGUCCCUCAGAUACUGGGCAUAGUCCUUUUAAUUGAUAGAAAAGGGUAUCUUAAUAAGAACACUACCCUGAUCCCGUAUCAUCGAUUAGGUGCAACCGCGAGCAGAAGUACAUGUCUGUACUUUCCGGAUAUACAGUCAGAUGUGUAUGAAAUGAUGAUGUACAAAUUAAUGUUUUUGAAAAUAAUGAUCUUGAACUUUCUAAGUUAAAACUUAUGAAAGCUUUUAUUCUUUCGUUGGCGGGGGGGGGGUGUUUGCCAUAGGGUCGGGUUUUCCUCUUAGGGUUGCAUGCUGUAGAGUUGCUUAAUAAUGUGCAAAUAGAAAAGUCCUUAGAUGUUUCUUUUUUUUUCUUUUCUUAAAGAAAUAACCUGUUAAAAAAAUAAAAAUAACCAUCGCAGUUGUACUCAUUUUUUUUUUUAAUCACAGCUACUCUGUGUAUACAUUUUCAAAGACGUUCGGCGCAGCAAAGCGAGCCCUUUGAGGAGUAGCCUAAUUCACUUUUUUUAAACAAAUAACGAAUCCUUUUCGAUUGCAUAAACACACUUUUUUUUUCUCCCCAGGAAGGGUUGGGAAAUGAGAAAUUAGACUUGACUACCCUUGUUUAAGUUGGCUUUUCUCAGCCUGUUCUUGUAGAAAAAGGAUCUUGCAUCUGAUUUUUUUUUUUUUUGUUUUUUUUUCCUCGCAAGAACGGCUUUUCUCGUGCGUUAUUUUUUUCCCUGCCCCUCUCCUUGCCCUGAAUUUUAAGCCUUGCCUCUUUCCUGCUGUCUUGAUCUUCAAAGCAACGCAUCAGAAAGUGUGUUGCGCCACAGGUCUGUCGUAGGAAAGCAACAGAAUAUAAUUUCAGUCGCUUCUUCCUCAUUGUAUAUGAAUGAUACUCAAUCUUAGCAGUAGUGGCUUUAAAAAAAAUAAUAAAAAAAAAAUUUUUCCUCCUCAACUAUCUGUACAAAAAGUGCUGUAAUUGUGCGUUAGGCCGGGACUUGGCAAAGAACGAGAUGCGCCCUCCCACUUCUUGCAUAAAUUACUCUGUAGAGCUCUCUGCACCCCUUCUCCCUUUCACCUUUUGUAUUUAAUUUUAAAGUCAGUGUACUACAAGAACGCUGGAUGCAAGAUAGAUACUAUAUUAAAAUGUACUGUUAUUUAAGAUGUAAUAAAGCAGUUUGACAUGAGUUUA